AUGGAUAGCAAUACAUCAAUUUCCAGUGCUCAAAAAAUCAUCUCAUGUGAUCUAUGCGACAACUCUAUCCAACAUUUCUGUAACAGGUCUCAAGUCAGUUUAUGUGAAGAAUGUAUCAACAAACUUGUGAAGAAGGACAAGGCAAUUACCCAUGACAGCGAUCCUUUCAAACAUGGAGAGAUACGAAUAAUUUUUCCAGAGUGUGAAUUUCACCCCAGUCAUUGGUGUGAGGGCCAGUGUAAACUGUGUGAUGUCCCUGUUUGCAUGAAAUGCGUCAUCACUUCCCAUAAUGGGCACACCAUGAUAGAUAUAGCAGACAUCUUUAAUGACAAGAAAAAGGAAAUCCAAAAAGAAACUAAAGAAAUCGAAUCCGAUCUUCUCCCUAAAUGCAUGAAGAAAAAUGAAGACACGGAAGGAGAAAUAACCAAAACUAUGGGGAAAUAUAUUGAACUUGAAAAAGAAAAAGAGAAACAAAGAAAGUUUUGGCACCAAGAAGUAGAUGACAUCUUAAAUCAACUGAGCUCCAUGACCCAGUCCAAGAAAGAUGAGCACCUGGAUGACCUGAAAUCACAUCAAGCCAAACUCAGAGACCUGAUUGCAGACAUGAACAAAACAGUUAAAGAAAAUCAGGAAAUGCUUCAGUCGAAUAAAGUGUCCCAAGUCACCAACUUUAAUUCCAGACUGAAAGAAUACAGAGAUAUAUUCCUGAAGUUAUUGAUGUUUUCAUUCCUUUGUUGA